UUCAAAAAUCGGUACAGCAUCGAUAGACUACAAACACAUGGGCAAUCUAACGAUAUCAAUCAAUCAGCUCUACUAGCCCAGCACCGGCAUCUCAAACAAAAACUAGCCACAUUUUCACCUGAGGACCACUACAAUUGCGAUGAAAGUGGUCUUGUUUUUAACAAGCAGCCACAGUCCUCAAAUUUCCAACUAGAUAAAGAUAAACAGUUAAGAGGAGGAAAGGAGGGUAAGAUUAGAAUAACUACUUUUCAUAUAGUUAAUGUGACAGGAACAGAUAAACGCAAGAUUUAGGUUAUUGAACGUAUAGCAAAACCUAUGCCUUUUGGUCAAAAUUGCAUCAAUCCAGCUAACUUGCCGGUCAUUUAUCGUCACAACAAAAAGGGCCUGGCUAUUAACUAGACUCUGGUACAAAUUUCUUAGGAAAUUGAACGAUGAAAUGCCAAUCGCUUGGCAGCAUAUAGCACUUGUGACCGACAACUGCCCUACUCAUCUGCAACCUACUUCAGUACUAAUUGACUACAAAGGACCUCCGCCUCCUAUUCUCAGUCAUGUUACUUUAGUUUACCUACCGCCCAAUACCACAUCCUUUUUGCAGCCAUUGGAUGCUGGGAUUAUUGCCUUCCUCAAGGCAGCCUAUCAAAGACGUUAUGCUCAAUUCAUGGUUGAGUAUUUUAAUUCCUAUGGAAAAGCACCUUUGAAGAUUGAUAUUUUACAGGCAAUUUACCUAAUUGCGGAUUCUUGGGAUGCUGUCACAGAGGACAUGAUUGUUUACUACUGGAAAAAAGCGGUGAUUACUGUGUUCUCCAAAGGUAGCGCUGGGCUUUCUACUUAA